CACUUAAGGCAGUUUUCACACCAAUCUCUACUAUAAAAUAUUGUUUCUACACCAAAAUCAUUGUUGAAAUAUGCAGUUUUUCAGUUCACUCAGAGAGUUAUUCAGAAGAAAAGCAUGCAACAAAAAGGGAUAACAGUACUUUCUCAGAGCUUUGGACUGCACACAGAGUCUAAACUGACAAUAUCCAGCUGCAGAAAUCAGAUAAAAUAAUCUUCUUCAAAGAAAAAAUAAGUCGUGAGCAGUAAACAUUAUGCAACCCUGUUUAUAAACCCCCCUAGAUAUUUCAGUUGAAAAUUAUUUGUGUCUGUCAGUGUUGUUUAUGAGCCUCUAAAUUACCGAUCAGGUCAUGCACUCCUGCAGACAAAUUCUACGGGAAUACAGAAGGAAAAAAAAACAGCAAAAGAAUGUAAGAAUGACUGAGAAAUAAAACGGAUGCAUUUACCAGAUAAGGUGGAGCAUAUUCGGUAAAUCAUGCAUGAAAGUGAAAGUUACCUGACUUUUUUUUUGCAUAUAAGCACCUGCACUUGAUACCUGCAUUUCACACCUGCACCAUCAUCUGAUGCUUCUGAGACGAACAAACACAAAGACAACAAUGCAGACUUCAACAAUAACUCUCCUGCUCAUCGCUGCGGUUUUCUGCUUCAACUCUGAAGCAUUUCCAGACACAGCUGUCGAUUGCUGUUUGACCACCAAGGACACGCGUAUCCCUCUGCAGAUUGUUGCUUCCUACUUUCAUCAAACCACAGAAAGUGGAUGCCCCAUUGCAGCUACUGUAUUCAUCACUAAAAAGGACAAGAAACUCUGUGCCCCUCCAGAGAAAAACCCCUGGAUUUCCAGGAUCAUCUCACACCUGGAGAAGAAGCAGAGAAAAGCACUUCAGUAGGAAGACAAGAGGUGAACAUGAUGACCCCGCAGCUGCACUUAACAAACAGGAAGCGAUGGCUCCUCAUCAUCCACUUUAUAAACCAUUACAGGCCGAUAUGCUAUUUGCUCAGUGUGAUAUGCUUUUUAUUACGUGUCGUACUGUAUCAAUUUUGAGUCUUAUACAUUUGCAUGAUUAUUCCUAUAAGCUUGUGUUAUUAUGACUGAUGCUUUGUGUGUGUGUUUUUUACUAAGAAUGAUUUUUUAAUAAAUAAAUGUCUCUAAAUCUCC